CAUGAAUCAAAAAAAGCUCCCACCCACCCUCUGCUGCCGUCGCCUUCACGAGUCGUCCAUUUCUGCCCUCUUUCUCUCCUCUCCCAUGCAUAUGAGUCUCAUUAUCUCCUUGAAUAAAGGGAUUCUUUUGACUUCAACGUACCCCCUACACACUCUCACACAUUAACAUACACAAGAGAGAGAGAGAGAGAGAUGUAGUAGGGUGUUGCUAAGAGUACACGCAAAUCCCAACUCCCCCAUUGUUUAAUCCUUUCACAACAACUUCAUUUUCACGUAAACCUUCUCUUCCGCCACGCUAUACAAAAAGGAAACAAGAAGAAGAAGAAGAAGAUUCCAUCUUUCCAACACACACACAAUGACCCAGUUGGUCCAGAGCAUUUUCUCCUACGACGGAAACAUCAUGUUCGCCGCCGUAAUAUCUCUACUCGUCGUAAUCCUCUUCGUCUUGCUUCUCCACAUCUGCGCGAACUGGUUCCUGGCGCAAGCCCAGCGACGAAGGCGGCGCUCCAUGGCCAUCUCGCACGUGCUCAGGCCCUCUCGGUUCCGCAAUCUCCACACAUUAACCAUCGACGCCUCUCUUUCCAACUCACCCACAAAAGGCCUCGACCCGUCUUCCAUAUCCGCGAUUCCUCUGUUCUUGUACAGCUCGGAGGAGCAAAAUCACGGGUUGGAUUGCGUCAUCUGCUUGAGCCCGUUUGAGGAAAACGAGAUGGGGAGAGAGUUGCCCAAGUGCCGCCACGUGUUCCACGUGGAGUGCAUCGACAUGUGGUUGAGUUCGCAUCCCAAUUGCCCCAUUUGCAGAGCUCCGGCGGCGUGUGAUGGGACGACGACUACUUCUUCAACUGCGGAUUCCUCCGACAAUCAGUUGGGUUUGAUCGGCGACGGGGAUUCUGCAUUGGAGGUUGUGGUUGAUAUCCCAAGUUUCGAGCUUGAGAGUGAUCAGAAUGCGGUAGCAGUGGCAGUGGCGGGAGAUUCCGUACCAGUAUCUCCGUCAUCUUCGUCGCUGGGUUGUUCGUUGAAGAGGAUGCUGAGCCGGAAUAGAUCAGAACGCAAGAUUUUCCCGUCGUCGAAUGCGAAUGAAGUGAUCAGAGAUGACUGUGCUUGAAUGUGGAUACACAGUUGUUGUUGUUGUUGUAUAGAUUUCUUGGCAAAUUGUCAUGUUUUGUGAUUGAUUGGGGCUGUUGAUACUGAAACGUCUAUUUUGGUCG